CAAAGUACGAUCAUGGUGGACUCAGACUACAUGUUGGCAACGGAUCACAUUGGUCAAUCGGAUGAGCAGUUUGCAUUCAUCGGGAGAGAAACAGAAAUAGAAAAUAUUAAAGAGAUUUUAAUGAACGCUGUGCUCUCUAGAAAAAAUGACGUUAAAAAACCAGUAGCACAGCUCGUACUUAUCACAGGUGAACCAAUGAUCGGUAAGACACGUCUUUCGAAAGAAAUUGGUCACCAGUUUGUAAGAGAUUGCUACAAUUCAGGAAAGCGAAUUGACGCCUAUUUCAUCGAACUGCAGAAAGUAACAGAUUUCAGUAUAGUACUUGUUCGAUUGUCCACAGCUCUCGGAAUUCCACCAUGUUCUGUAUACGACUUGCUAGACGUUUUAGCAAAACACUCGUGUUUAAUAAUAUUCGAUUCAGCAGAGCAUCUAUCAGUUGAUACGUCUGCUGAGUUGCAGACGCAAUUUUUAGACUUCUGUGAAAGACUCGUCAACAAUAAAAUCUUCCUCAUAAUAACGUCUCGAUUUCGAUACAGAUUGUUAAAAAUUCGUGCGAAGAUGUACCACCAUCGUCUGAAAUCAUUGAGUCUCGUUGAGUCUAUUUAUCUAUUGAAGUCAAUUGCAGUAAAUGUACACUUCACUGACGAAACAGAUGAAACGAUUGCUAAAUAUUGUGCAGGGAUCCCCCUUGCUUUGGCAAUUGCUGCCACUGAACUUCAAGAUUAUUCUUACACUCCAAAAGAACUUGUGGAAUUGCUGAAAAACGAUCGUUUAGAAACAUUAAGCGCUGAAAAUUCCAGUCAAGAAGAACAAGUUCGUCGUGUGAUUAAGUCUUCUGUCGAUAAGUUGAAAUAUAUAAGACAAGAGUACGUUAAACUGUCGUACAUCCCUUCUUCAUUUAACGCCGAUGCUGUAGCCUAUAUACUUGAUAUUCAUGACAGCAAAGCAGCUCUGGCUAAAAGGGACGUCCUUAUUCCAUUGACAACACGUUCACUUGUCGCUAAAGACACUUUGCGUGAUCGCUUUGAUAUACAUGAUUUUUUACGUGAAUAUCUAUCCGAUGAAUUAGUUUUGCUCCCAUUAGAACAAAAGAUAUGUCUACGUAAUCGUUAUUGCGUGUUUUAUGGAAAAUUACUCCAAGCGUUAGCACCGGUCGUUGAAGUCGAUUCGUGCAAGAAUCUUCCGUUAUUCACUAUAGAGAUUGUAAACAUUCAAAAACUUUUAUACGAAGCUACUUUGUGUCCCACGGAAGAUUACGAUCUAUUUCUCGACAUUGCCUGUAAAGCAGAAUACCUUAUUAUUAACUUUCUUCCACGUAGAGAAUCAGUUGAGUUUUACGCGGCCUGUGUUCGGGCGGCCGAGAGUCGACAGAAGAAAAAACAUCUUGGACUUAUGUUGUCAUCGUACGGUCAAGCACUCAACUUCACUAAAUCAGACUGGAAGGUAGCACAAGAGCAGUACGAAGAAGCGCUUGGCUACCUAGCUCCAUUCGGAGAUAGUGUUGAUCUGGCAUGGCUGUUAAAUCACAUUGGUUGGAAUUUGCACAUGCAAGGACUCAGGCUAAAAGCUUUCAAAUAUUUUACUGACGCUGAAAAAACCUUAAUGCGAAUGAGUGAAGAUGACAGGAAACAAGACAAUCGAUGGAAAAGGAUCCUAGCUUCUGUCUGGUCGUGUUUGGGAAUUUCAUAUGUUGUACUCGAUAAACCUGAGCGUGGUAUUGAAUACCACGAAAAAGUGUUGAAAUUGAGAAGGGAACUAUGGGGAGAUCAUCCAACGAUUGGAGGAACUUAUAACAAUAUCAGCCUAGCUUACAUUAGGAUGGGUGACAGAGUUAAAGCUUUAUCAUAUUCAGAGAUGGGACUAGAAACCAAAAAGCGUUUUAAUCGACAACCAGCCAACGAUAUUAUAGUUUCUUUAAACAAUGUCGCAAUUAACACAUGUUUAUAUAAAAAUGACCCGGCAAAAGCUCACAAGCUUCUAAAUGAGUCGUACAAGAUGAGGGAAUCUUUAGGCCUAGAACAUGUCGACACAGCUCUGAUCGCUAACAAUCGGGGCCGGGUCUACGAAUAUGAGGGUAAAUACCACAAGGCAAUGGAACAAUAUGAAAAAGCCGUGCGAAUCAGAGAAAACCUACAAGGUCAACACGAGUCCACGGCAAGAGCAUUGUAUAACCUAGCAUCAAUAAAAAUUAAAUUGAAUGACUUGAAUGACGCAUUGAAGUUCUUUAACAAGUGUUACAAUAUUCGUAAAAAUGUAUGUACGGAAAAACACUUGAGUACAGAGUUGGGCGAGGUCAUGGAGAGUCUUGGCAAACUCCAUGAACAACGAAAUGAGAAAAGAGAUGCUGAGAAAUAUUUCAUUGAAGCUCUCAAUGAAUUCUGUAGGUUGAAAGAUAAAUUUGCAGAGCAAGGUAGAGUUAGUCAAAUCGAGAAAAUGGAUUCUUGUAUUGCACGGAUUCGUGAAUAUCUACAAAUGAUUCAAGGGAGUGUUACAAUGAUGUUAGACAUCGAAGAAAGUCGGAAAGACGGUAAUGACAAGGACGACGACGAUGAACAAGACCGUAGCGAUGUCAAUCGAUUGAAUGGACUGUCAUUUAGCAACAGUUGUACAGGCCAGAAUAAGUGCGACAACGAUGGCUAUCAUGAAGUAUCUGAAUUUAAAAGUUCAACUGUUGACAACCGGCCAACUCAAGAGUCGACGGAAGCGUUCAUCGAUGGUAUGGAGAGAAAUUAUCAAGACAACCAACCACAUGACGUGGACACAAUAAGCACCGAAAAGCUUUUGGAAAAAAGUGUAGCACCGACCAUUACAUUCUCAUAUUAUUCGGAAAACAAUGGAUUAAUGGUAAAUGAUUAUCAUUUAAAAGGAAAAACGAUGCUCGAUCAAGAUAUGCUAUCAACUGAUUAUGAUGCUGACGCGUUCCAACCACAGACGCCUGAGUCUGGUUAUGAAGACGAUAUGCCAAAAUAUACCGAUUCGGUUGCCAAAAUAGAAGAACCAACAAACGAAACCGAUGAUGUCGAAUUCACUAUCCCAAAAUGUAAAGAAACACUUGUCAAUCAAAUCAGCGAGAAUUUUAAAUCAUAUUUAAUGGCAUUGCCAAUGAAUAGCAUGAAAAGAAUUAUUUUAAAAGCUCAUGGUGAUAAAGUAGAAGAAACAUCUUAUACGAACGAUGCCUGCAAAUCAAAAGAACACACUUUGAUUUUGACUCUCAGCGAUAAUCAAGAAUUAGUCCAAACAUCCGAGGUUAGAUCAUUCGAUAACGUAAAUCAAACACAUAUCAAGAAUAGUGAAAUAUUUUCAAAAACGGAGGAAUGUGGUACACAGACAUGUAGUGAAAAGAUUUCAGAGAAGACACAUCGAGGUGUCCAGGCUAAACCUGGGCUGCUCGACUCUGAUGAUGGUAGCGAUCUUGAAGAAAACCAUGUUAGAACUAGCAUAUCGAGUUGCCCUGAAACUUGUAAAGAAAAGAAAACACUCCGUCAGGAGAAACUGCAACAAAAUAAAACAAGACGUAAACGUAACCGUAGAACUAGACCACUCAGGGGACGUAUCAUGUACAGGGAAGAAUUCGAGAUAACAAAAAAGUCAGGUCAAAGAACAAAAUUACAAGAGAUCAAACAUUCAAAUUACAAAGUUGAUCAAUUAGGCUUAGAUCUAGAUGGGCUGAAACUGUUUGGUGGGAAACGCGAUAAUAUGAACAACUGUUCAUUCAAUGAGCCGCAGAAGAAUUGGAACCAGAUUGAGAAGCAUAGCAUCUGUCCCAAAGCUAUGGUAGCAGAAAAUACAAUGUUUUCUAGUAUCCAUCUGGAGUCUCUGUUACAGACGUGUGGCAUUAACUCCGUGGAGAUGGCGUCUAAACGUAUGCUAAGAAAUGGUAGCGCGUCUCGUAAUUGCAGCUCCAGUGUGGUUUCAUUUGACGAAUUCAAGGAGUUUCCUAGGAACAGACCUGCGUAUUUUCUGGACGAUGAUCUCCUUCUUAGUGACAAACAACAGAGGGGUUCACAAAUCGUUGUCGAUAUUAUACUUGAUCAUUACUUGCCCAAUGGACCAAACUCUUUGAAUUUUGACGACGAAGAAUAAUAAUUUGGCAUUGCGGUUGAUAUUACGGAUGUCCCUAUCUAUUUGUAUAUUGCAUUUAUUUUCAAAGCAUAUUAAACAUUUCUAUAUGACAUAUUUGCAUGUGAUACAAUUUCGGUAGUCUAAAACAUCAAUUAGAUACUAUUACCAUAUCUAAAUUAUUAAUAAUAGUGUACAAAAAUUUAUGAAUAUAAAGUAGGCCUAGCAUAUUACUUAGGGCCUACCAUGGUAAGGUACCAUAUAAGCGCAUUUAUUGAAACAUUGUGUAUUUUAAUGAAGGCUCGUUAACAUAGAAAAUAACGCAGAAACUCUUCAUAAGGCACAACAUCGGAAUUUCUGAAUAAAUACAGGCAUAAAAUGUAUAAAGUAAUGCCUGACUUGACAAAGCAAAACAAAAGAUAAGAAAAUAUUUAUUAGGAAUGAAUCUUCUUGAAUUAGUUAUAAUCAGUUUUUAAAUUUAAAUAAGGAUGAAUUUUGUUAAUCAGAAUUUUUGCAUCGAAAAUACACAAAGGAAAUGAAAUAGCGAAGUCUCUGGCUAUAACAUACCGUACGUAAUAUGUAUUGACCAGUAAUAUUCGCGGAUGGUAAGUCAGAACAGUACGAAAUUCAUUGAAUCUUUUUUUUUAUGAUGAUGACCAAAAGAUUUGGAAGGAAAAUUUUUUAAAUAUGUCAUUAUUUUUGCUAAAUAAUUAAAGUAAGCCUAAACAACUUUAACAGUUGAAUUACUUAAAUAAUUACAUUUGGAAGUUAAAGCAUCAUAUAAAGCUGGUUAUUACUACGAAAAAUUAUAAAAAACAUAAGAAUGAAAAUCUGAUGAAAAAUUUAUCGAGUGUGACAAAUAUACAAUAGGCCUAUGUCACGGUAAUGACAAACAUUGAAUUCAUACAUGUACCUUUCUGGCAUCAGGCCUACAGUUUUUGUAUUUAUUAAUUAUGGUUAAUCAUUAACAUACUAUACCAUUUGGUAGUGUUACUGUAGGUUAUAUUUGAAUGAAAGUUAGAAAUGAUAAUUGCGAAUAAUACACAGAAAAUGCAAUUUAAAGAUAUUAUAUGUUAGUGUUGUUGUAGAGUUAUAUAGAGUUCAGAUAAAUAAAACUGACAGUUAAAGGGGGAAAGAGGAAUAGUGUUCAAAGUAGAAUUCUAAAAUUUUCAAGUUAAAAUUAAAAGUAAAACAUUGAUGUAUAAUUACGUUGAGACGGGGUGCAUAAAGAGAUGACUAGUGUA